AGCGCGCGCAUAAAUCGGUUAAUGGGCCCUUAAGAGGUCUUGAUAGUAGGAAUCUUCCCUCUUGCAGAUAAUGGAAUUUGAGUGACGUGUAUGACAAGCAAGCCAUCGCAUGGGCCGCGUUCGAUAGAUGUCUGACAUGUCAUUACAUACAUCACUGAUAUUGAUAUACUGCUGAUCUUCUUGUCACUUGUCAAUUGUCAUUAACAUAAGCUAAUCUUACAUCAAACCUGAACUUUAUACGAUAUUAGUUCUUCAUGUUUUAGCCAGGACCAGGUAUCACUCAUUACAUCGUCUGGAAUUUUUUUGUGUGUGUGUGUGUGCCUCAGUUCUCUGUGGGCAGGGCGUUUAUUCCUCCGCGUGAACCAACAGAUAUAUCGGUUUUAUUGCACGGCGCUACGACAACUUUUGUGAAAAUGUUCCGUAGAAGAACGCAUCGCCCUGACAGCAUUUGGUCGUGGUUCGCUUGUGUCUGUGCCUCUAUUUAUCAAGCUUCAAGCCUUGGUUUUUCCCUUAGCUUUGGAAUUAUGUUGCCAGAACUGAUGAAACAAUUUGACGAGGGCAGGCAAAAAACGGUUUGGCUUGGAUCCCUGACCAUUGCUUUCGCCUUUUUCCUAUGUCCCAUGGGAUCACUUCUUUGCAACACUAUUGGGUGCCGCCUCACCGCCAUUGCCGGGAGUCUGACAUGUGCAGUGGGGUUGUUGUUAACUUCGUAUUCCUGCAGUUUUCUGUUGAUGUUUAUCACCUACAGUUUUCUGUUCGGAUUAGGAUCUUCGUUAAUAUUUAUGGCUUCUUUUCUUAUAACGGCAAGAAACUUCCGCAAGUACCAAUCUCUUGCUGUAGGGGUCGUUUCAGUAGGGGGCAGCAUCGGGGUCCUCGUUAUGGGCCCCUUUCUACAGCUCUCGCUGGAUACGUUUGGAUGGAGGGGCACAUACAGGAUCACAAGUGCACUACUCUGCGUUGUGUCUCUUUGUGGAGCACCGUUUGGGGAACCUGUGGAAGAUCAAGACCAAAACACAAAACAGGGUCUGCUGCAGUCUGAAAAGUUGGAAUCUACUUUAACAGAAGCAGCAUCCUCUAACGCAGAUUUUCCUAAAUUAGUCAGUAGCAAUGCGGAUUUGAGAAGGGCGUCGGUUUCAAAGUUAGUAAAUGAAAGCAACGACGCUAAAGAGGGAAUUGGUACCUUAUACGACUUUGCUAUAGCUGACUUAGCAAUCAGUGAAGAUUUAAGCUGGCGCUUGUAA